CAGCACCAACAGCUCCAACAGCAACAGCAACACAAGCAGCAGCAACAGCACUAACAGCAACACCAGCAGAAACCCCACCUUUGGAACCUAUGGGACCAGCGUCAGAAUCAGACAACGACACUGACUCCUCAACUACAAAUAACGCACCAGCAUCGGUACCGGCCACACCAACUCAAGUAAAACCCAUACCGACCUCUGACCCUAGUUCACGAUCUGAUGAUCUGUCCCCGCUCAACCCUCAGCCCGUUGGUCAAACGACACAGCAACACGCUGGUGACACACAUGAAGGUGAAGUAAAAGACGCACAGGAAUACGAGGAUGACACACACCAGGUUGAGAGAAAUAUGACAGAGGAACACGACGAUGAUAUACCUGAAGGUGAAGAUAAAACUACUCAGGAACACGGCGAUGACACAAACGAAUGUGAAGAUAAAACUACUCAGGAACUUGGCGAUGACACACUUGAAGGUGAAGAUAAAACUACACAGGAACACGGCGAUGACACAAACGAAGGUGAAGAUAAAACUACUCAGGAACACGGCGAUGACACAAACGAAUGUGAAGAUAAAACUACUCAGGAACUUGGCGAUGACACACUUGAAGGUGAAGAUAAAACUACACAGGAACACGGCGAUGACACAAACGAAGGUGAAGAUAAAACUACUCAGGAACACGGCGAUGACACUAACGAAGGUGAAGAUAAAACUACCCAGGAAUACGAGGAUGACACACAUGAAGGUGAAGAAAAAGACACACAAGAACACGAAAAUGACACACUCGAAGGUGAAGAAAAAGACACACAGGAAUACGACGAUGACGCACAAGAUGAAGGUGAAGAACAGGACACAAAGGAACACGAGGAUGAUACACUCGAAGGCGAAGAAAAAGACACUCAAGAAUACGACGAUGACACACACGACGAAGGUGAAGAAAAGGACACAAAGGAACACGAGGAUGACACACUCGAAGACGACUUUGUGAGCAGCCUUCAUCCUUGCGAGGCCCGAGACGGAAUGUGUGUCUACGCAUGUGAGGAGAUGUCUGACGUCAUCCCGUCUGUGGACUGUGGGAUGGGGGCCUGGGGGCCGCUUGUCUGUUGUGAAAUGUGAACAGUUAAGGAACUCUUGCCUGUUGUGAAAUAUGAACAGUUAGGGUUCUCUUGUCUGUUGUGAAAUGUGAACAGUUAGGGAACUCUUGCCUGUUGUGAAAUGUGAACAUUUAGGGUUCUCUUGCUGUUGUGAAAUGUGAACUGCUAGAAACCGCUUGUCUGCUGAAGAGCCAUUUGUCUGUUGUGAAAUGUGAACAGUUAGGGGCUACGUAUCUGUUGUGAAAUGUGAAGA